UUCGCGAACGAUCCCCCUCGUCGAUGCCGCGAUGCCGCCGAUAGAUGUGUAUCACGCUCACGCGUGACACGCGUCAUGGACGCAUUGGAGAACGAUCUGAAUAAUUGCCAAUGGAAUUUGGACGUACGAGUUCAAAUUUGUUUGCGAAGUUCGAUCUUGGAUGAUCCUCGGACUGAGAGUUUGUAAUUAGUCGCAAAGCUCCAGUUUCACCUACGUCGAUGAGCUCGGUUAAAUGGACGUCAGUGUCAUGAGGAAUAUGCCCAGUGCGAUGCUGCAAAAUAUCAUAGAAUUUCGUAAAUUAAGACAAGAGAUGAAUCAUCGUGUGCAGCUUAUUGUAUAUAGAGACCGCAUGGUUUACGACAAUGUCACUGUCAAAUUGCACGGUGUAUCUAGGUACGAUGAACGCGGUCAACGGCUCACCUCGCUUCCGCACGACGAUGAUAGCUGUAUGUGUAAAUUCACACGAGUCUGUCUGUACCGGAAAGGAUUCAAUUCCUACCUCGUCUCAGCCUAUGUCGCGAUGCUGUCGAAGUCAUACGUCUACCGUAAGAACGCUACGAGGGUGUUGAAACAUUUUCAGACGGCGUGCGACAGGCCGUACGAUAUAGAACAUUCGCAGAAGAUAUUUAUAAGAUUGAGAACACCGAGGAAGCAAUUCCUGGAUUACAAAUGGAGCGAAAAAUUAAUGCAAAUGGUUGUAGAGAGGCAAGAAGCUGAUCACGCUAUGUCUUGGCUGUCCACGCUUGGAGGAGCGUUUUCCGCAUUGGGAGAAGAAUUUGAACACUGUGCUAAAAUGGCAGGGAAAAUCUCGGUGAAGCAGUUCGAGUUGGCGUUGCGCCUUGACAAUCCUCUCCUUGUUGCCCGUUGCGAAUUGUACGCUGCCCUAAGCUUCAUUCAACGAGGCAACUUUACCACUCCAAAGUACAUGAUACGAAAAAUUUAUAAAUUUGCAAUUAAGAAAAAGGACGUUCGCCUCCAAAACAUGUGUCAGGGUGUAUGGGCCAAAUUGCGAUACAGUUACAAGCAAUACAGACAACAAAAGAAGUCCUUGAAAACUUUGAGUAUAUCCUCCGAGGUUUAGGAAAUUUACUUUCCGCGUUUUUGCAAGCAUAUUGAUAAUACAUUAUUUUACAAGCAUA